AGCAGGUGCUGGACAUUCACAUCAGCCUCCGUCUCCCUCCGCCACCGCACCACAACAGCGAGAUCUGCUGCCUCUCACUGGAGGAGCACAAGCAUGUAGGCUUGUACGAGUUGAAAAGCAAGCAUCGCAUUUUAAUGCGGUAAAAAUGUUCACCGGCGUACCUGAAAUUUAGCCGCCUCGGAGCUCUUUACCUUAAGGGCAAAUUGGAGUCUACCGUCUAACGGGAGAGGAAUUUUUUCAAUCCAAAUGAUGAACCUGGAAAUCAAGAACAUAUCCUUCACCUCAGCAUCUGUAUCCUGGUCCCAUGAUCCAUACAGCUGUCCUGAAAACUUGUACAGACUAAUGUACCGACCAAACUGGAACAGCAUAUUGUCAGGAUUCUCAAGGCAAAAUUUCCACAGAGAGGAAGCUGUGCCACUGGGCCGCAGUUCUUUAAAGCUACAGAGGCUCACCCCAUCAACCAACUACAUUCUCUGCGUCACCUGCCAGGGAUCCCAGCCUUCCAGGGAUCAGUGUUCUAUUUUCCACACUCUGGCCAAGGAUGCCAUGGUGCUGAAUAGCAGAACAUUGGAUCUAGCUACAGUUGUGUGGCUGACAAGCAGCAUCCUCCUCAUAAUCACAGCGAUUGUGUUGCUCCACGGUUGUUUUAAGCUGUGGUGCAGAAAAUGUAAACGGAAGCGUUACAGUUCUGCAGAAACAGUUCGCAUUCAAGGUGGGGGCAGUCAGGCUUGGAAUAUUGUAAAUGCUGAGACUGCACUUGGAGACGAGCAGAGCAGCCUACAGACUCUUUCUAUGUUGGAAAAAAAAGCAGAAGACAAGCCAGCUUUUUUAAACGACAAUGGGAAAAGUGGAAUAAACAACCUGAGAACUUGCUACAGAACAAAAGAAAGAACAGUCAUCCUACCACAGAGUGUCCAUGAAUAGGAGGCUCCUUGGCUUUCCAGUAAAUGGGAAUGUUGGAUGGAUGAUUAAUACUGUUUAAACAUGAAUAGUGUCAGUAAUGGAGUUCAUUCUUGACAUUUCUUUUUCAAAUGAUCAUAAAUGCUAGAGAUGAGGCCAUGAGUAAGAUAAGUAAUUAAGAGUCUAUCAAGCUUGCAGGUAUGCUACCCUCAGACCAAUCUGAGGAUCUUCUCAAGGAUAAUCCUGAAGGUGAAUAAUGUGUUAUUUAACAUGACUUGCUAGUUUCUUCCAUACUUACAUUGCUCUCACUGUCAGCACCUGCAUCCUCUUUUGAAAGUGCUUGCUACUGAUGGUGUGUCCUAUCUGUACUUUCAUCUUGCUAUUUGCUAAACAUGAUUGUGCAGUACAGGAUCAAUGGAAACUGGAGACUGCCCCAACAACAAUAGCAAGUAGCACACAGAUGGCAUACUUCUUCGUCACUCUUAUCCUUUUUUUUAUUGUGGAACACAUUUUUCCCCUUAUAAGAGCUUGGGAAUGGGGAGUCUAACCAUUAACAGUAUGUGUAAAUCAGGAGAUAAUUGUUGAAGGCAUGCUAGUCCAUCAGAGGAUACAUUCACAUACACUCUACAGUUUUAAAGUUCACAACCUAAUUACAAUUGUUGGGAAGUGGGAGGAAAACUGGUGUCUGCAGAGAAGCAUCCAAGCAGGCAAAGGGAGAAUGUGCAAACUCCACAUAGACAGUGACCAGGGCAGGAGACAUAAAGAAUUCCACACGAACAGUGAGGCAGCACUGCAAAUCACACUGCCACCAAUUAUUAUUAGUAUUAUUAUUAUGCUAAUUUUAUUUUAUUUUUUUCCAAUGCUGCUUAUACAGUACACACCAAAGCAAGCUAAAGAUGAUGGCGGGAUCCAGUUCUAGAUGUGAUGCAAGUUCAUCUUUGGGUACACUUGUAUUUAAGUUUCAAGUGAACGAUUGUCACUUAAUAAAAAAGGACAGACUGACAUUUUACCCAGUCAGUUAAUCCCUGCUUUGUACCUGAAACUGCCCAGAAGUGGCUUAAGCAGGUUUUAAAACCAGAUGGAUGAAUUGGUAAAAGGGACAGUCUCACAGUAAUGAAAAAGGACAGCUACAUGUAACGCCUUACCCAAUUUGUCAGUAUCUUCCCAUUUGAACAGUCAGUCAAUCUGUGUUAUUAGUGCCUUUUCACAGAGCACACCCUCACAUGGCACUCUGCAAAGCACACACAUGAAAAACAUACUUCUAAUAAUAUGAACUGUGUUCACAUACUGCCAAAAAACAUUUAAGCAUUAAAGCCAUUAUGGCAGUAUGUAUAACAUCACAUUUGUUCUGAUGAGCGUUGCUGACCAGUCCAUUAUAUGAUAUCCAUUCUUCUAUUUAAUGACUCUGUCUUUUACCUUAUAGGACUGGAGAGGCAGAGCUGAUCAAAUACAAGACACAAACCAGCCUGGGAUGGGAUGCUGGUCAAUAACAGAACAACAACAACAACAUUUAUUUAUAUAGCACAUUUUCAUACAAACAGUAGCUCAAAGUGCUUUA